UUUCUGAUGGCAAAGUGAAGAUAACCUGAGUGCUCUUUUCAAAUCAUCCCUGAGAAUUAUGUUCCAGUUCCCUGGGUUCACACCAUCCGCAGAAGUACUAGAAACAAUCUAACUUGAUGACUGCACCUGCACUCUUUUUUAAAAUUGGCUUGCAGCUGAACCAGAAAGCGCUCACCACUUUCCCAGACGUGGUGCUUGUCAGGGUGCCCACACCCUCCGUGCAAUCAGAUAGUGACAUCACUGUCCUGAGACACCUGGAGAAGUUGGGCUGCCGCUUAGUCAAUCGCCCGCAGAGCAUUUUAAACUGCAUCAACAAAUUCUGGACGUUCCAGGAGCUGGCUGGACAUGGGGUCCCCAUGCCAGACACCUUCUCCUACGGUGGGCAUGAAGACUUUUCCAAAAUGAUCGAUGAAGCCGAGCCGCUGGGCUACCCUGUGGUGGUGAAGAGCACGCGAGGACACCGGGGAAAAGCUGUUUUUCUCGCAAGAGAUAAACACCACCUCUCAGACAUCUGCCAUCUGAUCCGCCACGAUGUGCCCUACCUGUUUCAGAAGUAUGUGAAGGAGUCCCAUGGAAAGGAUAUCCGGGUGGUGGUUGUUGGGGGCCGGGUGAUAGGCUCCAUGCUUCGCUGCUCCACAGACGGACGGAUGCAGAGCAAUUGCUCUCUCGGUGGCGUGGGUGUCAUGUGCCCGCUGACAGAACAAGGCAAGCAGUUGGCUAUCCAGGUGUCCAACAUCCUGGGCAUGGACUUCUGUGGCAUCGAUCUCCUCAUCAUGGACGAUGGCUCCUUUGUGGUGUGCGAGGCAAACGCCAACGUCGGUUUCCUAGCCUUCGACCAGGCGUGCAACUUAGACGUGGGUGGGAUCAUUGCAGACUACACCAUGUCCUUGCUGCCCACCAGGCAGACUGGGAAGAUGGCCGUCCUCCCAGGACUGUCUAGUCCCAGAGAGAAGAAGGAGCCAGAUGGCUGUGCUUCAGCUCAGGGAGUAGCAGAGAGCGUCUACGCCAUCAACAGUGGGUCUACCUCCAGCGAGAGUGAGCCUGAACUGGGAGAGCUCCGGGAUUCCUCAGCGAGCACGACGGGGGCCCCGGCCCCCAUGCUGCCCGACCCCAGCUACAACAUUAACAACAGGAUUGCUUCCGAGUUAAGACUAAAGUGAAUUCCUGCUCUUUGGCAGCGUUUAAACCAAAUCCUACUGCUUCCCUAGUAGUUUUGAGCGAAUAAAAUCUGGACAAAUGUGAUUUCAUUUGCACAGAAACUAGAAAUCCCAUCUGGGCACCCAGCAUUCUUUCUAACAACGAUUUAAGCAAAUGGCCUAGCUUUGGGGUUUUUAUAAACACUCGGAUAAAAACCCUUACCAAGAACAACAUCCCGACUGAUCAAUUUGAGACCAGCGUCUGCUGCGAGCACUUGGAUGUUAGGGAUGACUUUUGGGCGCUGACUGUGCUGUGCUUCUGGCUUUUAGCAGAAGAGCCCAUUAACUUGAAACGGCUCUUGAAAAUACUGUACAAAAGAGCAACCACUGGACAGAGGCUCGUGCGGAAGAGGUGGAAUAUGACUGCAGCUGUGUGCUCUUCAUUGUGUGUGUGUGCGUGCAUGUGUAUGUGCGUGCACGCGUGUGUGAUGCUCGGAGAAUACACAGUCCAAGCACUAUUAGAGGAUCAGUCUCUGCUCCCCAUCAGUCACCAUCUUGACCAUAUUUCUCUGACACUCAGGAUAUGGCGUUUUAGGGAGUUUCCCCCUUAGCAUUUUCAAUGAAGCACUUUGUAGAAAGUGAAGUUGAGCAUCCUUUGACUUCACUGGUUGGCAAACAUCCUGCUCUGUAACCGGGCCUUUCUACAAAUUGCUUUUCCAUCCGAAUUUACAGACCCUGCUUCAACCAAUGCCAAACCCAGCAGCCUCUUGCACCUUGCUGCCUUUGGCCUCAGCUGGAAAUGCACUUCAAUGAGCUAGUGGCCACACACUUUCUUUCUUAAGCGUGCACUAGAUUUGAACACUAUGGACUUCUUUUCAAUGGGCUCUGUUCACUUGUCAUCAGAAGCCAUUGGGUUUUUAAUCCUCGGAAGCUACUGGAAGAUAAUCAUUUCCCACCCACCCACCCCUCCCCCCUGCACUGAAGCUUUGUGUACUUAGCUGUAGGAGAUUUUCUUGUAUGAGUUGGUGCUGUGAGCCUGUUGGGUAGAUGGAGCCAUUGGAAACACACUGCAGUCCCCUUGACAUUCUAGUCUCACCCAGGUUCCAGAGACCUGUCCUUACCCACUUUUGCAAACUGGGGAGACUCAGGUAUCAGGAAUUACUCAUUGCACAUUUGGUGGGGUGAGUGGAUAGUGUAGAUAUGACACCAAGUGCUUUUCAUUUUAACCUUUCCAGCAGUAGAUGAUGAUUCUUCCCUUGGGAGAAAUCACAGAGAUGGAGUUUUCCAUUUCUGCUUAUAUGAAAUAUAACAAAAGUGAGCAAGGCUACCUUUUUAACCAAAUACACUAAAACAUAUGCACUCAAGGGUCACGGUGAUCAUUUUUCCUUGGGAGACCAGACUCUUGAGCUGUGAUGUUGCAUGUGUUAAGAACAUGUAAAAUUCCUCUUUGAAGUUACCCUUGAAGCCAUGCAAGAAAAGGGGACUCACAACCUUGUACUCAGAUCUUGUUUUUUCACACCACCCCUCCCCAGAGGUUGUCCCAAGCUCCAUCACCCACUUUAUUUAUCAGACUUAUCUUCUAAUACUCUUUGGCCUUUAAAAAAAAUUAUUCCACAAAAA